AUGGGGCUAUGGAGAAGGAAGAUCACCACCAGUGACGACACUGCCACCAACGCAGCCCACUUGACGCUCAGGGCGUCCAUGGUCUCGAACCUGCUCGUGACCAUCCUGUUCUUCCUUUGGGCAUUUUCCUAUGGCCUUCUCGAUGUCCUCAACUCGCACCUCCAGAAAGAGAUGGGAAUCACGGCCUGGCCACGCUCGAGACCGCCGCCGACCCCUUCCUCGCCAUCUGCGGCCCGCCGCGUUAGAUGCUCGGAGAUCCGCCUCAACCUCAACCUCGCCCAGGCCGUGCAGGGCGUUGGCUCCUUCGUCGCGCCCCUCCUCGCCUCCCGCGUCUUCUUGGCCAACACGGUCGGCACGGACGACGGCCUACAGAAAGUUCAAUGGGCCUAUCUGGGCGUCGGCGGUUUCGAUGCUCUCCUUAUUGCAUUGUUCUUCCUCGCGCCCAUGCCUGAGAUUACCGAUGCGGAUAUGCAUCUGCAAGAGACCGAGGUUGCCGUCGCGAACUACUUUAUCAACUUUUGUAAAGAUGCUGGCCGCGACACUGCCGCUUCCUCUGCUCGCUGUCGGCUAGGGCCUGUACGCCUUCAACCGCUCCGUCACCGGCCGGCUGCUGACGAUCCCGGCCUUCAAGCCCCGGUACUAGCGGCCAUCGAGCUGCUCAUGCUAGUGAUGUGCUUGGAGUCGCUGUGCUUCGCCACCAUCUACACCAAGCUCGGCGGCACCCUCCUCGUCUCUGCCAUCUCGGGCGGCAUGGUCUUCCCCCCCAUGACCGGCGCUGUUGUUGAUGCCAGGGACGCCCACACCGCCAUGGCCAUCCCCAUGAUGGGAUACAUCCUGGCGCUGAUAUCGAGCUACCCCAUCUACGUCGACGUCUGGAAGCGCGACGUCAUGGACGCCCACCGCGACACAGACGUCGGCCUCGAGCCCGCCGCGCCAUACGACGCCGACAAGGCCUUGCAGCUCGAGGCCUAG